GACACGUAUCUGACGUAUCUUAUGUUCAAUGGCAGGAUUUUUUAUCACAGCUGGCUGACGAGGUCGAAACAUCAUGACGGAUAAUCAUACGGAUCCAAUGUCACGUUUAUUGAAACUUGCGAAUAAAGUCAAUUGCUUUUAUCUGUCAGGGUUCCAUGCAGGCGAAUGCAGAGCCUUUGUCGUAGAUGGACAGCAAGUAGGUCUUGUUAGGCCAGAUGUGAUGAAAGAAUUAUUAAAUCAUCCACAAGUAUUUCAAGUACAUCCGGAAUAUGUACAAUUAAAUCCUGCAUUUCGAGAUUAUGCAGAAAGAAGUGCUCGUGUGGAAGAAGUAUUACGAAAGUGGAAGGCCGAUGAAAAAUUUAUUACAUUACAUGGUUGGAGAGAAGAAUAUUAUGAAGUUCGUGCUCAGUUUAAUACACAACCUUUAUUUAAAAUGGAUCGGUCUGCAACGUGUCUAUUUGGAAUUCGUAAAUAUGGUGUUGAUAUAAAUGGAUAUGUUAUGGAUCCUAUAAAAGGAUUGUCAAUAUGGUUACAAAAGCGUAGUCCUAAUAAGCAAACAUGGCCAGGAUAUUGGGAUAAUAUGGUCAGUGGUGGAUUAAGUGUUGGUUUUGGUAUUAAUGAAACUGCUAUAAAAGAAGCCGGAGAAGAAGCCAGUAUCCCUAAUAAUCUUAUUGAAAAAUUAAAAAAUGUUGGAUGUGUUUCAUUAUUCUUCGAAAGUGAAAGAGGAUUGUUUCCCAAUACAGAAUUUGUUUUUGAUCUUGAAUUGCCACCAGAUUUUGUCCCAAGUAAUAGUGAUGGAGAAGUAGAGACUUUUGAAUUGCUUCCAGUAAAUGAAUGUUUAGAAAGGAUAGCUUCUACAAAUUUUAAAACUACGUCAGUACCAGUGGUACUUGACUUUUUAAUUAGACAUGGAUACAUCACUGCAGAGAAUGAGCCUAACUUCAUACAAAUUAUGGAACUCCUUCAUGUUCCACUGCAAACCAUGUACAAUCAUCCUUUAAAAAGAUGUAAAAUUACUGCCAAUGGAGAAGCAACUGAAGCUCUAGGAAAAGUUUAGGUUUAAUUAGAUAAUUAUUUUUCUGCAUGAUUAAAGUUGUUAAGCAACUAAAUUUUUUGUUUGAUUUGGAUUGGCUUUUUAGUUUGAAUGCGUAAUCAUGUUCUUCUUUUAAACAAUCAAAAAUAUGUAUUUACCAACUAUAUUUAUUUCAUAUUUUAACUUUAUAUCUUCGCCUUCAGUAUGACAAUUUAAUUUUGUUUUCAAAAAGUUAUAUGUUAAUGUGUACUUUUUUAGGUUGAGCAUAGACUAAAAAUAUUUUAAAGAAUUAAUGAAAAUGUUAGAAAAUUAAAUUUAACUAGCAAUACGAUUUUUAUAAGAUAUGUUAACAAAUAAUGGUUUCCUUUGUUCUAAUUGGAAUUUCAGAUGAUAUGUAGAAUUUUGCUAUUUUAAAUGUUUUUAUUUUCAUAGAAACCAUUAAAAUUAAAAUAUAUAAAAUUUCAAUUUGUUCAAUAAUUGAUCGCCCACAAAUUAAUAUAUUUUAUCAACUUUCUAUGUUAUUUAUCACAAUAUCUUAAUAAUCAUUUUUAUUAAUUUUAACAUAAUCAUAAAAUUGACGUCCCUAUGUUGAAACCAAAGUGUUGUCAACGCAGCAUUCCAAUGAACAAAUUUACUAUUAACAUUUAAGUUUUAAAUAAUAGACGUUUCAAUCCUUUUUCAAAUUUAAACUGCAUUUUUUGUUCAAAAAGUAAGUCCAUGCAUAAUGCCAUCGCAGAAAAAUCCUAAUACUCCACGUAGAAUUAAGAUGAAAUCCAUUCACAGUAUUAUAAAAGUGAAUGUACGAUAUAGCAUUUUUAUAUGUCUGAACUUUGAAGGCAGUUCAUGUGCAAAUAUGUGUUCUAUACCCGGACUUUACUAUUAAUAAAAAAUGAAUAGAUUUAGCAUUUUCAUCUAACUUUUUUCAGAAAGGGAACAAAAAUAUUUGUAUUAUUUAUCAUAGAUAGUCUAGAUAGAUUUUUAAUUGAACACCAAGUACUGCUGAAAUUCUGAUCGAAUUUAUAUUAGCAAAGAAUUAUUGACUGUAUAAAUGGAAAGCACAAUUCUAUAGUAUAUUAUUUUUUUGUAUUGAUUAAAGAUAGACAUUCGUUUAUAAAACCGCGAAAAUAAUUUUCAAGCAAAGUCUAUGCGCUGGAAUGUAUUGGAUAAUACAUUUGUAUGUCUUCUUAGUACACAAUUUUUUUUUCAAUCAUUUAUUUUGUUACAAUUUUUAAUAGUAUUUAAAAAUUGAAUACAGUCUCAGAACAUUGUGAUUAAGAUUAACUGUUAUAAUAAAGCAUUUAUACAUGUAAAA